AUGAACUUUCGAGAUGCUGAUACCGGCCCAGCCCAGGGAGAGCCCCCGCGAGCCCAGCGCCCCUCCAGGCGCCCCUCCAGGGGACCGCUAGACGCGGCUCGGCGACAUGGCCGGCCUCCGGGCCUCCCGGCUGCACCUGCUGCAGCUCUCCGUCGUCUCGGCCCUCUUCGCGGUCGUCGCGCUGGUCGGGGCCGUCGUCGGCGGCGCCUGGGUCCAGGAUGUGCCCGCCCGCCUCGUCAUCCCCUAUGGAGCGGAGGAGGUGCAGCGCUUCAUGGGCAACGAGUCGCACCGCGACCACUUCAAGUUGCUGCAGAGGGAGGGCGCCGCGCUGCUGGUCGGGGCGAGAGAAUCGAGUGGCGGUCGGCGGGUCCUCACCGAGACCUGUGUCUCCUCAAGGGCAAGCUCGAGGAUGACUGCCAGAACUACAUCCGGGUCCUCGCCAAAAUCGAGAAGAACAAGAUCCUGGUGUGCGGUACCAACUCGUACAAGCCGCUCUGCAGAUACUACGCCUACAAGGAUGGCGAGUACAAGAUGGACAAGGAGUACGAGGGCACGGCGCUCUGCCCGUACGACCCCGAGCACAACAGCACCGCCAUCUACAGCGAUGGCCAGCUGUACGCCGCCACCGCAGCGGACUUCUCCGGCGGGGACCCGCUCAUCUACAGAAACCCCCUGCGGACGGAGCGGGCAGAUCUCAAGCAACUCAAUGGCCCCAACUUUGUCAGCACCAUGUCAUAUGGCAAAUUUAUCUACUUUUUCUUUCGAGAAACGGCGGUCGAGUACAUCAACUGUGGGAAGGCGGUGUACUCCAGGGUUGCCAGGGUGUGUAAGCAGGACAAGGGGGGCCCUCAUCAGUUUGGGGAUCGCUGGACUAGCUUCCUCAAGUCUCGCCUUAACUGCUCCGUACCUGGGGACUACCCAUUUUAUUUCAAUGAAAUACAAUCCAUGAGUCCUAUUAUUGAAGGUCGAUAUGCAGGACAGGGCGAAGAGCUUCUUUAUGGAGUCUUCACAACACCUGUCAACUCAAUUGGUGGUUCUGCAGUCUGUGCCUUCAGAAUGCGAGAUGUAAUUGCUGCAUUCGAUGGGCCCUUUAAAGAGCAGGAAACGAUGAAUGCCAACUGGCUUCCAGUGCAGGCAAUUAAGGUCCCUGAGCCACGGCCAGGACAAUGCGUCAAUGACUCCAGAACAAUGCCAGAUGUUGCCAUUAAUUUUGUUAAAUCACAUACCCUAAUGGACCAAGCUGUUCCAGCAUUUUUUGGAAAGCCUCUGUUGAUUCGAAUUAGCUUGCAGUAUAGGCUGACCAUGAUCGCUGUUGAUCCUCAAGUUAGAGCUCCAGACAACAAGGCAUAUGAUGUCCUCUUCAUUGGCACAGAUGACGGAAAAGUUAUCAAGGCGCUGAACACAGCAGCACCUAGAAACAACACAGUGGAAACUGUUGUUGUUGAAGAAAUUCAAGUUUUACCUGCAGGUGUUCCAGUGAAGAACCUGCAUGUAGUUCAUCUUGAUGUUCCACAUGGGCAGCGUCGCACACAUCUUGAUGACAAGCUUGUAGUCGUCUCAGAUGACGAGAUAAUGUCUAUUCGACUCCAUCGUUGUGAUUCUGAACGAAUUACAUCUUGCAGCGAAUGUGUCGCUUUACAAGACCCAUAUUGUGCUUGGGAUACUAAAGAACAACGGUGUGUGUCAAGAACAGGAGACACAGAUUGGAAUAAGAAGAUUUUCAUUCAAAAUGUAGAACGAGGUUUCCAUCACACAUGUGGACCAUCAGUUUUCGUGCCACAGGAUUCGAAUUUCCUUGACCUCAAUAAAGAUGGUGAAAUGAAUCAAGUGUCCGAUGAAGACACAAUGGUGACCACCCCACCUGCCUGUCCCAUUUGUCCACUUUGCCCCAUUUGUACGGCUGCAGCCUUGUGCUCUCCUCCAGUCACCGCCACCACCUCUUCAGGUGCUCCCUUCUUCACAACUGUGCCCAAGGGCGCUGCCUCUCCUGCACAUACCUCUUUUGUCCAUCCCUCUCAUGGGCUGUCAGAACCAGACAUUCACAACGAAAUUGUGAUUCAAGUGGAUGAAAGAAACAUCAUUUCCGAUACCCUUGCAGGAAUCAGUCAAGCAGGGUCCAAAAUGGCGACAUCCCAAGAGAGAUCUCCAUUCUACUCUGUGCAGACUCUUGGAAUUGCUGUAGCAUUGGCAGUUCUUGCAGCUCUAGUUGUGGGUUUUGUUGCGGGGUUUUUAUUUUCAAGACGUUGUCGGUCAGACGAGUACGCCGACAUGCCCUUUCCAGAUCAAAGACAUCAACUGAACAGGUUGACAGACAGCAGCCUAAAUCCAGAUUCCAGUGCCUAUUUGGCUCCGUGCGCCAACAACAAGGCCAUCAAUCUGGUCCUCAACGUUCCCCCCAAGAACGCCAACGGGAAGAACGCCAAUUCUUCAGCAGAGAACAAACCGAUACAGAAAGUGAAGAAGACAUACAUCUAGCAGCAGGGUGCCCUCUCUCUGGCGGUCAAGCUAUGUAUCGCCAAUCCUGUCAAGAAGUUCUUGCGUGUCCGUCGGAGGAGGAAACAUCGAAUUUUUGAACUUUCAAAAGUGAAAUCCCUUUAAAUAGACUGGGUUCCUCAAAAGUGAAAUCCCUAUAUAUGGACUGGGCUCCUUUUGACUGAAAGUGACUUAAAAUCUCCCAACCAAGAUGUCUGUUUCUCUUCGUGACCAGAUUGUGAAUUUUAGGUAAACUUGAUGCUUAUUGAUGUAAACUGAUUAAUGUAUUAGUUGAGCUAGAGGCCUAGCUCAAAGCACCUCAAGGAAGGUAAUGCUGCCUCUUGCUGCAUUAUAGCAGUGCUUGUAAUGAGAGCAUGGAAAUGUGCCUGCAGUAUUGUUUUGCUGCAACUAUUUUCAAUCGGAGAAUAGAUUCUUUGCUGAAAUAAUCGUAAGGUGCAGCUUAUUCAAUGUGACAUUUCUGCAUACUAUUUUGUUGUAUGUGUCUGCUAAAAUGGUCAUGACCCUAUGAGACACAUCAAAUGCAAUGCGGAAAGAAUAAGUGUGCAGUGCCAAUCUCCAUCAUGUCAAAAGUGCAUGAUAGUCAUAAAAUACUUUGUAAUAUUGUAAGUAAAAUCUUGAGUAAUUAGAAUUGUUUGUGUUCACAGUGAUAAAUUAAUUCUAACAGGUAUUUCAUUCCAAAUUAAUAAUUCCACCAGUUAUUGUUGACAUAGAUAAAGUGGAAGCUUUCAAUGUUAAUUUUUGUAGAUUUUUAAGCUGGUGUUGACUAGUAAAGAAAUGUGCAAUCUCUAGAGCACUGUGCACACAAACAAACUGAGUCAUUAAAAUUUUUACUUGAUUUAAUUCUUAUUUUAAAUGAAUAGUGUAUGUAUUGUAUUAAAAAAAAGCGAUGUUUAAUGAGGCUUACCUGUCUCAGUUACAAAUUUUACUGCGAGUAUUAUAUUUCUUAUGGGUAGAAGAAAGCCAAUUUUGUACAGAUAGCAUAUAUUAGGUUAGUGAUGUAUAGAUACACUCCAGAUUGUACUACUUUUUUUGUACAUGCUUCCAUGAUUUCUCACUAGCACGACAUUUAACAUUAAGCUGUUUCCUUGUUUGGACCAUCAAAAAAUAAUGAAAUUUGAAAAUCUUUUUACUGUAACCUGUUUGUAAAUACUAAUGGGUGUUGAGGAAGAGUCGUGCUGUGAUCUCAGUGUGAUGUGCAUGACAUGUUUAUGAUGUUACGUGAUGAUGGUCAAUAGUUUUUGUAGGAAUUUGUUUCCUGCAGAGCUUAUUGUGUGUUGUAUACUAGGGUUUACGAUUCCUGUCUUCUUUAAGGCUGACCAUUUUGAGCUUAGCUCUUGCUUUAGUUUGCUUCAUUAUCAUUGUUAGUGUUUCAUCAGUCAGUCUUAAGGAAAAGAGGUGGAUUUUUAGUAUCUACCAUCUGUCCAGAGUUAGACGGCCAUAUGGCACCUUAACAUGUGAAAGGUUUGUGACAAAAUUGAAGCCGCUAUCUAAUCCGAAAGAAAAAGAAUAGUAGAGCUGGUGGCCAGUGGAAAAUCUCAAUGUUCUUUGAAUGUGAUACAAGUACAAGCCAAUGAUGAUUCAAUUUAAUUCUGAGCUUCAAAAUUAGGAUAUACAAAAAUGUAUGCCUCAGAGGGAGGAGUUGAUUAGUGUUAUGCUCUUCAUUCAUAAGACCCUUUUGGAUAAGAUUUUCAUCCUCAAUUCAUAGGCAAAGGAUGAUGUUAAGAAGCUACUGGCUCUUGAAUGCCUCAUGUUGUCUACUUGACAAUAAUUAGCUGUACUAUCUCAAAUUCUUUUCCGAUUUGAAUUUUUUUAAUACUUUCCUGUAUUUUUUAAUAUUGUACCCCCUUCUCUUUUGAAUUAAUGUCUGAAGUAUCUUGAUGAUUGUUUGUAUUUGUACGUUUUGUUACUAUUUAGCUUUGGGUUCAAUUCGAUAAUUGAUCUCAGAAGUGUCAAUGUUCAGUUCGACUGGGAGAAACGUUUAAAUUUACUUUACAUUUUUACAUCAAAAUUAGAAAGCAGGAUACCUACAGAAAGACCAUUCCUGUGGUUCUGGGUUUUCAGGAUGCCAUGCAUCUGUAUAAUGUAGCUCCUUUUGACAGCUGAUUUUAAAACUUGUAAAUGCUGAGCAGCUCUUAGAGCUUUAGAGGACCAGAAACAGUAGUUGUAAAUUUGACACCGUAUAUAUUUUUAUUGGUAAUUUUUAUUUCCUUGUACAUAUAUGAUGAGUCCAGUCAGCAUUUUGUUUCCCUCUUGAACUUUGCUAAUUGCUUUUCAAUAUUAUGUUUUCCAUAAUGUAUUUCUCUCAAAAGGGGUGUAAGAGGUGAAACCGUACACUGUGGUAUUAUUCAUCAUGUUGCCAUGAUUUCUAUAUUUUAAACAGUGAGAGCAGGCUAAUAAUGGACCUCAGCGUUGUUUUCCUUUUCUUUUUUUUUCUUCAAAAGUCUUAGUUUUAAACUAGCUUGUGCAACCAAAUGCUAUGUGAAAUGGAUACUGCUCUCUUUUAUGUACUAGAUUAUUUUUUAAAUAUCAAAAUGACUAUAUGACCAAUGGUCUGUUACCACAUAGACCAAUCUUUUGUGCAUGUCUAAUAUGUCAGUUAGCACUUCAGCUUCAAUCCACAAUUAAUUCUUAUUCCAUAUCGCAUGUCAAAGGGUCAUACUUGUUGACGAACCCCAUGGGUGACGUUCAUGUAACAAGCUGUCAUCACCAUUUGUAGUCUUUGAUUUAAAUGUACGGUUUUAAUACCAGGGAAAUUUUUGUAUGCAAAGACUGAGAGUUGAUGAAAACUGUAAAUAACUGCCAGUGUAAAUAAAGCAUUGUUAAAGGAUAAAUUUUAAAACAAAAUACAUUUUAUGCGUAAAAAUUGAA